AUGGAUCAUCUCAGGCACACGCGCCACUCCUACGGCGACAAUGUCCGCCAGCGGAUAAGUGUGUGGGAACCAUCAUCAGACAUCAAACCAGAGUCAGGUGGCGCCUGGGUCAUCUUCAUCCACGGGGGCGCAUGGGGUGACCCCAGAAACACCGAGGAGGACUUCAUCCCCUCCAUCAAGCAUGUGCUCGCCUCAUACGGCAGCCUAGCCCACGCUCCCAUACGCGGCUUCGCAAGCAUCGACUACAGGCUCUCGCCACACCCCAAACACCCCCAGGGCCCUGAAACCCCCGCGUCGGAGCUGCGUGCCGCCAAACACCCCGACCACAUCAACGACGUUUGGUCCGCGCUCCAGUUCCUCGUGCAGGAGUACGACCUCGCCAGCGGCAAGUACAUCCUCGUCGGCCACUCCGCCGGUGCUACCCUCGCGUACCAGCUCUGCAUGGGUAGCUACGUUCUAGAUGGUCAGGAACCACCACCCUCGGUGCCACUGCCGACGACCAUCGUCGGCAUUUCUGGCAUUUACGAUCUCGACGGCAUUGACCAGCGUCAUGGCGGGAACUAUGCUGGGUUCAUCACAUCUGCCUUUAGCAGUGACAGGUCCAGAUGGGGGAUCGCCUCGCCUGCCUGCUGCCCAGAUGGCCACAUCAGUGGGCGCCAUCUGCCUUCCCACAAUAUUUUGGCCUGGUCACCCCAAGACACACUUGUAGAUGAGCCUGAAAUUGAUGAAAUGGUCGCGAAGUUGAAGGCUAACGAUGCCAAUCUCUUGACUCUGAAAGACCUUGCUGGGGAGCACGACCAUGUAUGGCAGGAGGGUUCACAGGUAUGUCGCCUCAUCAGAAUGGCUCUGGAACAUUUGGAGAAAUCUCCAUAA